AUGUCCCUUGAGACCCGCAUCGACAGUCGACGAGCUGAAUCGGAGCCUGACUCCGAAGAGGACUUGGAGGAGCUGGAAUCAGAUGUGAAGAAAAUGGCGGAGAAGAUUCUAGACUACAGAUCCGCUAUUCCAGAUCAACUUAAGACCACUCUAGCUUCAGUUCUUUCUUCUCAAGCACCCGACUUCUCCGGCAUUGAUGAAGCUGGAUCAUCCGGAGAGCGUAAUCCAGAUUCAGAAGAUAAAGAAUUAGAUACUGAGAAAAGGACGAAAGAGAAGAUACAGCUGCUUAAAGAAAAAAUUUCAAGUAACAUUUCGGCAAUGCCAGUCCUCGUGAAUCGAAUGAAAGAGUGUAUUUCCAGGAUAGAGGAGCUAGAUUCUGGCGAUAGCGUUAUACAUCCUGCUUUCAAAAAGAGAAUAAGUGGUUCAUCAAAUGAAGGUUGAUUUGUAAUAUCCUGGUCCAUCAGUGGAGGCUGAUGAUUCAUAUAAUUGACAGAAGAUGGAAACGGUGGAUUCAUUAAUGCAUCUACAGGUUUUGGAAGAAAAGAGGGUUAUUGAAUUAGGUAGUAUUUUUUUUUUCUAACCCUUGGAGAUGUACUGUAAAUUACUUGAAAAGCAUUGAUUUCCUUGUCUGUAGUCUGUACUACAAUGUCUCGGUUGAUAAAUCUACAAGUGGGGCCAUCACUGUAUUGAUAUGCUAUUUUUUUUUUAAUAAAGGAGUAUUGUAUGUC